ACCACAGGAAUGCAGGUCCCCACAUUUAUCAUCAUGUGAUCCAACUCACCCAUGUGCAGGUCCAUCCAGGUCCAUCCAGCAGGGGGGAAGAAAAAGUCUGUCUGAUGUCUCCAUCAUCAACAAUCCCCAUCGGGACUGCAGCGUGUGAUACGCUUACGGGGUGGGGGUGGCCGACGACAGGCAGGUGGGCAGAGAGGAGAGCCGCGUUCACCAGUACUCCGUAGACAUGAAGAUUCGGCAGGUGCUUUUCCUUGUGGCGACACCGGGCAUGCAUCCUCUGGCCGCCGCCGACACCGCCGCCGCCACCGUUACCCCGAAUGCUCACACCAAGACUGCUGGCGGUGACCGGAACAACGCUGGGGAAAAAACUGCACCUACCGCGGCAGGAGUCGGCGGUGCCUCUCGCGCGCAUCCCCACCUGGGCUCCUUGGCGAGUGAUCUCGACGCGUGUUCCACGGAGGCUAGCAGUUGCCUCGACGACCAAGUGUGCCUGGAGUGCAUGACGUCCUACGUGGACCACCCCCUGGAGUACCAAUCGUGCUUGGACAACUAUGUUACCGACUGGGCGUCUGCGACGGUGUGCGACGGAAGAGCAGAGCAGCCAUGCUGCUCCAACUUCAUUUCUGAGGGAAAUUGCCUCGAAAACGAACCCUUCAUAGAGUACUGGAAGUGCAACCUGGGCUUGUUCGACGGGUGCGUGGACUACGACAUGACCUGCCUUGGCACCGAGGGCAUGACCGAGGUCCUCGACCUCAACACCAGCACCACCAGCGCUAGCAGUAGUACCGGCAUCGUGUCGGAUGCGGUUGUCGAGGAUGCUGCGACGGACGAAAGCGGGGCUGCCAGGAAAACCUUCGUCGUGGCCAACGUUGUCGUCGCGACGGCGUCUGCGCUGCUAGCAGGGAUUGCCGCAGUUGGCUUGCGGCUGGGUUAAGGAAACACACGCGAGAGCGGAUGGAUGCCGGAUCGUGCCCCCGCCAUACGGAAGCUACGCCAUCGGCAAACGCGGCAUCUAGGGAUCACACACCGGCUGCCGCCCAUGCUGCCAAGCCAAGUUUGUUCACCGUGUGUUACGGUCGAGGCCAUGCCGAGUUAUGCUGUGCGUGAGGUUGUGUUGCAGGUUUGAUCGUUGCACCCGCGGGCAGCAACAACAUGGUGGGUGGUCGGUCAACGUUCGGUCGAUGUUGCGUUUUCUCUUGUGGAUAACGUAUUUACUCUUUUUGUGGCCACGUCCGUGUUUGGUGAUGCAUGCCUUUUGUUUGGCGAUGUGUGUGGCAUUAAAACUCAUUCAUGUUUGUCUGUGCUUUGGUUGUCAGUGUUGCGGCCCUUUACGUUCAACGAGUACCAAGCUGAUUGUUUUUGCGAGCCUCAGCGAAGCCUCCUGUUUGGAUUAGAUGCAUGUGCAUUGGGUACACUGCUACUUUUUCAAACAUUUUUUUGCAGUAUUCGUACCAAUGUCCAUUGGUGUAUUCCCACACCGUGUAUGCAUACAUUCUCGCCACCGGUGUAUCCUCAUUAUAUAUAUAUAUAUAUAUUUUCCAUAGGCAGCACUUACCUGUCCCUUUGGCUGGCUGUCCGAUAUCCUGUUCGGCUGUCGGUGUAGUUGUGAUGGUGUAUUUUCUGUCGCCGAUCAAUCGCCUUGGUGGUGUCUUGUCUCCGUUUCCCUCAGUCUUGUUGGUGCCCUCCGGAAUCCAUGUAUUCCCGCUUGUGCAAGUGAGUUACGUCCGGACGGGUGGUUCGACCAACGCCGCGGAGACGUGAAGAUUGUAGCAUAUGAUAUCAACCUGCGAUCACAUGCCUUGAAAUAGGUAUAUCUUCAGUUUGCUUUCUUUCUUGCAGCGUGCCCUACCAGUUGUUGGUCUCCUGGUCAUCGACGUCUGCUUUUUCUGGCUCCGGUUCUUCUCCAUCUUUUUGGAUGCAGACAACGGUCUUCCAUUCUGGAGGAGUGAUUUUGUGUGGAUGAUGUGGUUCGGGCUACCCCCCCCCUGCUUGCGUCUUGUCAACUUCAUCGCGGGGAUGAACAGAUAACUCGUUGCAGUAGUGAAGGAAAGUUGGUCUGUUCGUACGGUCACGUGUUGUGUCCUUCCAUAGACUAUGCGUCGUUUCUUUGUCAAAACACAACGGGUCAUGGACCAACGCCUGAUGCUUUCGAUCACCGGGUGUUCUCCGGUAGACGUCCUCUUGGGGAGCGAUUGGUUCGAGGAGGCAGAGAUGUCGGGCAUAACCUGCGACUAGGUAUCCCAUGUGUUGGAUUCGGGCUCAUUAAGGCGGCGGCGAUUAAGGCGGCGGCGGGGAAGGACGCAGAACAUUCAGGUCAUAGCAGUGGCCACGAGGGGGGGCGGGUGGCUGUACUUGCUGCUGCUGCUGUGGUUCGUGUCCUCUUGAUCAUGUUUUCCUCGGGCAGGACACAGUCUGAUGUAGCGCUCGUUGGUGGCGUAUUGGCAGCAAAAAACAGAGUUGAUGUGAAGCGGGACCGGGAUAAGGGCGUGUUUAACGUCCCAUGAGGAACUGGUGGGUGCCAACCGCAAGAAGACGCUCGCUUUCUGCGGUGAGACCUUCUGUAGCUCCCUCUGGGGAAUGUUUUGGCGACGUGGUGGGUGCAGGUAGCCCGGCCUCCACUGAAGCCCUGUCCUUUUUCCCAGGUAGGAAAAACGUCUGUGUACGGUUUGAUGCGAGCUGGGUUGAUCGACGUGGCGAGUUUUUUGUAAGGUUGGACAAGUGUCCAUACAAUGAAAAGGAAACAAAUAACGACAGUUGAGAUCUUCUAAGAAAACGCAACAAUUUCCCCCGUUUGUUGCUAUGGAGGGAUGAACAGACGUCGCCGAAUCACUGAAGGCGGACACAAGCCCCGAAUGUCAUGCAAGCUAGAGAGAACAUGCGGGUAUUUUCCCUUGCAAAUGCUCACGACACGACCCAUCUUAUGUUCUGAGCACCAUUUCUGAGCUUUCCGCCCGUGGCCGUUUAGGCGAGAACAAAGGCGAGACAUGUUUUUGAUUGGUUUCCCCUGACAAGAAAUCUGGUUCAGUUUUGGCGAGGGAUGACUGCGCGAU